AUGAUUAACAAUUAUUUCAAAAAAUUGCAGGACGGCCACGUGGACAUAAAUCCAACGGCCGUUGGGAAGUGUCAGGCUCAACAGGCUGGCUCUCGCUCGCCCUUCCAUCCGCUUGUUUGGUCAAGAUUAAAUAUCGAACCCAGGGAGCUUGCUUUGCUCUGCCAAAAGGUUGAGAAUCAUGUAGUUGGAGCUCCAUGUGGAGUCAUGGACCAGAUGACUUCUUCAUGCGGUGAGGCUAACAAACUUCUUGCCAUGGUUUGCCAGCCUGCUGAGGUAUUGGGUCUGGUAGAUAUUCCUAGUUACAUCCGAUUCUGGGGUAUCGACUCAGGAAUCCGGCACAGUGUUGGGGGAGCGGAUUAUGGGUCUGUGAGGAUAGGAGCCUUCAUGGGCCGGAAAAUUAUAACAUCCGUUGCGUCCGAACUUUUAUCGCAAUCUUGUGCAAAUGGGGUAACUUCAGAUGAUCUCGAAGAGGAUGGAAUCGAACUUCUUGAGACUGAGGCCUCCUUGGACUAUUUAUGCAAUUUAUCGCCACAUAGAUAUGAAGCUCUUUACGUUAAACGGCUUCCCGAGACGAUGCUUGGCGAGACAUUCCUGGAGAAAUAUUCCGGCCACAGUGAUCCCGUCACCAUAAUUGACAGCAAGAGAAUUUACGGUCUCAGGGCAGCCACUAGACAUCCUAUCUACGAAAAUUUCCGGGUCAAGGCCUUCAAAGCGCUACUCACAUCGGCAACUUCAGACGAGCAAUUCACCGCUCUAGGAGAAUUGAUGUAUCAGUGCCACUAUAGUUACAGUGCUUGUGGGCUUGGGUCGGAUGGGACAGACAGGCUGGUCCAGCUGGUGCAGGAAAUGCAGCAUAGCAAAAUCUCGAGGUCGUCUGAAGGGACUUUGUAUGGUGCCAAAAUUACUGGUGGAGGAUCGGGUGGGACUGUAUGUGUAAUCGGCAGGAAUUGCUUGAGAAGCAGCGAGCAAAUUCUUCAGAUACAGCAGAAGUACAAAGGUGCCACCGGUUACCUACCAAUACUUUUUGAGGGAUCAUCCCCAGGUGCCGGCAAGUUUGGUCAUCUCAGAAUUCGUCGCCGGAGUUUGCCGCCAAAGCAAAAGACUCCGUUGCCCAACAACCAAAGAAUGGGGAGCAUUUCGCUAGAUCCACCAGCCACUGAUGGCUCAAGCACACAUGAAGGAUUGACACCUACAGGAGUCGUGGCGGUGGAACCAACACUGGACCAGUUGGAGGCUGUUCAGACUCAACUCAUGGGACCACCUAGAGGUUCUCCCGCUCAAAAUCACAUCACAAUGACCAAGGCGGAGCGGGCCCAGGUGCAAGUACAGCAGGUUGAUCAUCUGGUCACAGCGACAAACACCACCACUCAGACGACCAAGUAA